UUUAGACCCCGAAGAGAUCACAUAUUUAUCACCAAGGACCGGACGGACCUUGUCAUUCAGCUCUGAAGCGAGAGAAGGAAGCAGAGGCGGGUCAGAAGCUCAGACCGGGACAAAGACAGACCAGGAGUCCUGGAGUUUGAGAAGACCAGUGCUGUGUGCUGAAUUCAUCCGACAGGGCAGCAGAACCCGACGGGAAGAACUGAGAUUUCAGCUUGAGGUGGAGCUGCUGUCCCAGGGCUGGCCCCUGUUCUGCAGCAGCUCCGCGCGUGAGGCGCGAUGAGAGCGCAGGGAGGAGCGAGGACUCUCGGCACCCGGGGAGGAGCAGGAAGCCGUCCGGAGGGCAGGAUUUUACUAGAUCGAAUUCUUAAACUGAAAGAACCUGCACUCGCUGGUAGAGUGUGACUUCCCUUUGACAGGGAAACAAAGUGUUUUUUUAUUUUAUUUUGUUUAUUGUUUUUUCGGUGUCACCCGGUAUCUUCAGAGCAGCUUGACGGACCAGCAGCAUCACAGUCAUGAGUCGAUGGCUCAAAUGCACCUCUUUGUACUUUAACACAGACUGGAAUAAGUACGAUGACAGGUUGAUGAAGGCGGUGGAACGGGGAGAGGUGGACAAGGUUUCAGCCGUACUUAGUAAGAAAGGCAUCAUCCCCACCAAACUAGACGUAGAGGGCCGUUCAGCUUUCCAUCUUGCUGCCAGCAGAGGACAUCUGGACUGCCUAAACCUCAUCCUCAACCAUGGUGUUGACAUCACAGCCACCGAUGCUACAGGGAAGAGCGCAUUGCACUUGGCGGCCCGGAACGCGCAGUCGCUGUGUGUGCAGAAGCUGCUCCAGCAUAGCAGCCCUGUUGGAAAUGUGGACCUGCAGGGAAAAACAGCUCUGCAUGAUGCAGUCAUGGCUGGAUGUUACUCCUGUUUAAAGCUGUUGUGCGACAGUGGGGCUUCUGUCAACACCAGUGAUUUUGAUGGUCGAACUCCACUGGUGCUCGCCACUCAGAUGUCUCAUCCCCGCAUCUGUCAGCUCCUGCUGGAACGUGGAGCUGAUAUCCGAGUGCGAGACAAGCAGCACAAAACUGCAUUAAUCCUGGGCUGUGAAUACGGAUGUAAGGAGGCCGUGGAGGUUUUGUUAAAGAACGGCGCUGACGUCACCGCUGUGGACAGCUUUAAUCACGACAGCUAUCACUACGCUCGCCUCACCAAAAACCCCGAGCUGGUCAGCCUCAUCAAGAGCUAUUUGGACAACGCCACUAAAGCUAAAGAGACUGUUAGAGUGGAACCAAAGAAGAGACAGGAAAAGUCAACAGUGGAAGACAUCCACAAAGAGAAGGAACAACUGAAGCGAAUGCUGUCUGCCAAAGACAGAGGUGCCUGUGCUACAGAGACCGGGAGGGUUCAGCAACGAAGCUAUGCGGGAGAUCAUGUAAGCCCAUCUGUCAUUAAAGGUAAAGACAAUAUCCUCGUCAGACAGUCUCAAAGUCUGGAUUCAGCUCAGAUUCUGCAGUCCCCCUCUUUUUCUGUGUCUCGACCCUUGGAGCUCCCUCAGCAAGCAACCGUAACCCCUAGUGAGGUAGAGACUUUACAUAAGGAGCUGAGAACCACCCGCAAGCAGCUGCAGGCUGCCCAGGAAGAGGUCGGCCGCCUUCAGGCAACCCUCACACACAAGUCUAAGGAGUGCGAGGACCUGGUUCAGAGCCGUGACUCAACCAAGCGCGACGCAGACCGGCAGAUUCAGGAGCUGGAGGGGGCACUGGGAGACGUGCAGAAGAGAAUGUUAGACUCGGAGGCCAAGGUCAAGCAGCUGCAGGCUCAUGUUGUUGCUGUGAAGGAGCAUCUCAGUAACCAGGCGGUGGACGACUUGAAAGCACAGCUCGGUGAGGUCAAGGUUAAAUAUGAGGGAGCGUCGGCUGAAGUAGGCCGGGUCAGGAACCAUCUGAAGCAAAGCGAGAAAGCUUUGGAAGAGUACAAAAAGAGUGAGAGACUCCUGGCUGAAGAAGUUGAGAAGUUGACCGAAGAGUUAAUUUCUAUGAAAGAAGAGCGUAACAACAUGGUUGAGACUCUUUCAGAAAUGGAAUCUCGGGUUAAACAGACGGAGGGCCGACUGGUAGCCGUGGUGCCUGGAGAAAAGUUUGACAACAUGAAGAACCUCCUGACCAACGCUGUGGAUGAGAAAGAGAGGCAGCUGGCAGAGCUAAGGGAGGAUUAUGACCGUGUACUAGAGGAGGUGGCCGAGCUCCACAGGCAGAUGGACAGCCAGGACAACGCCCACCUUCAAGAGCACGAAAAAGUCAGGACUGUUCUAGAGGAACAGAACACCGUCCUGAAGAAAAAACUUACCGAUGUCACCUCCAAGUGCCAGUCUCUGAUCCGGGAAGUAGAGGAGGCCGAAGAUGAGAGGGAGAUGCUCAGAGAGGAGCUGCAAGAGCUCACGCAGAACCACGAGGAAAUGAAAAACGCUCUGGAACUUGCACUGGAGGAGAUGAAGGAUCAGCUUGAAGAAGCAACCGCAAGAGGAACGUAUGCUGAGCAACAGUUAAAGGAGCUUUUGGAAGAGAAGGUCUCUGUGGAAGAAUGUCUGAGCAGUCUGAAGAGCGCUCACAUUGCCUGUGAGAAGUAUGAAAGCGAGGUGGCCGCUCUUUCGACUCACAGCAAAGGGGUAGAGAAAGAUUUAGAUGAUCUCCAGAGGAAGUAUAAAGACAAGGAGAAGGAGUUUGGAUGUUUGGCAGCCCAAAAUGAGGUGCUGAAACAAAGCAUUGAGAAGGAGUUUGUUAAAAAAGAAGUGUAUGCGCAAAUGCAGGUGGAAUUGAGUGACGCUUUGGAAAAGGCCAAGGCAGAUAUUCAGAAAUUGGAGAACAAUGGAAGGGUGAAGGAAAAGGACUUGAGGAAGGUGAAAGAGGAAAGUGCUACGUUGAAAGAGAAUAUGCAGAAGCAGCUAGAGCAGGACUUUGUCAGUCUUGUCGAACACGAGGCAAUGACAAGCAAGCUAAACAAUGCGUUAGCUGAAGCAGAAAGUAGAUUCGAAGAGGCCUUAUCCAAAUAUCAGUCCGCUCAAGGCGGUAACUUAAAGCUUCACAAAGAAAUGGAAGAGCAGAAGAAAGAACUGGACACUAUUCACGAAGCGGUUAAAUCCAAGUUUGUCCCAGUUAGUGUCGUGGAGGAAAAAGAAAAGUCGUUUAACGCAACUUUGAAGGAUCUGAGACGGGAGCUAGCAGAGAUGGAGGGGAAGUACAAGAAAGCAAAUGCUAAUCUAGAAUGUCUGAAGGAAGAGAAGGAUGCUGUGAAAUUAGAGAUGGAAUCUGUGCAGCAAAAAGUGCAGACUAACUUUGUAUCCACUGAGAAAUACAAGGAGGUUGAGGACUGCUACAAAGGCAGGAUUGAGACGUUAAGUAUGAAACUGGUGGAACUGGAGCAACAGUAUAUGGAGGUAACUGUCCAGAGAGCUGAACUGGAGGAACAAAACUCGCUCUGUACGUCAAAAAUGGAGAACCUUCAUCAGCGUUUAGAAAGCGAGUUUGUUCACAAGGAGAAAUUUGAGGCCAUGCAGGACUCCCUGAUAACCUCUUUACAGGAGGCACAGUCUGAAUGCGAGCGCCUCCAAGAGGCCUACAAUCAAGAGGUCCAGCGUGUCCGCAACCUCGACAAAGAGCUCCAAAGUCAGACCGCUAAUUCUGACCUGCUGUCUCAAAACAGCCAGGCCAGAGAGGCCCUGGAGAAAGAAGUAACCGAGCUGCGUUUGGCCCUGAGGGAGGAGGAGGAGACCAGUGCCCAGAGAGCUGAAGACGUAGCGACCCUACAGGCCGAGCUCCUCAGAGCCACCCAUGCCUUGGAUGACCUUCGCAUCCAUGAAGCCCAGGUGGCUGAGCUUCAAGCUGAGAAGCAGAAGCUGGAGGAGGAGUUGAGCGAGCUCGGCGAUCGACUUUUAGGCCUGGAGGAACAGCUGGAUGAGCUCUACCAGGAGGCCGCCCAGGCCAAAGAGGGUGAGAACAUGGCAAGACUGGAGACCGAAACCCUGCAGGCCAAAAGUGACUCGAUCGAAAAAGAGAUCCAGGAGCUGAAAGAGAGAUAUGACGACUCUCUUAAUAUUAUUGGAGACCUGCAGAAGAGGAUUCAGACGUCCGCCGAGCAAACUGAGGCCAAAGACAAAAGGAUCACAGAGCUGUUGGCAGAUGUGGAGAGACUGAAGCAGGCUCUCAAUGGCCUUUCUCAGCUGGCUUACAAUGGCAACACACCCAACAAGAGAAACGCCCAGCACAUCGACGCUCUCCAGGCACAAAUCAAGAGCCUCCAGCAGCAGCUGGCUGAUGCUGAGAGGCAACACAGAGAGGUGGUUUCAAUUUAUCGGACUCAUCUUCUCAGUGCCGCGCAGGGUCACAUGGAUGAAGACGUCCAGGCUGCCUUGCUGCAAAUUAUCCGAAUGAGGCAGCAGUUUGUGUGUUAAACCCGGACACCACCGACUCAAAUCUAUUUUUCUCUCCGCCCUUCUGGAUUAGUCAGCAAGCAUCCAAGACAUUAGAUAUAUGAAACUCUCUGGCUUUAGGGUUCAUGAAAACAGAUAAUAUGAGUAUUAGUGAUAAGUAAAGGAUGUUUCUUACUGGUAAUAUGAUUGAAUCAGUGGAUUGGAAGAAAGUAUUGUGGUGUAAUAUUUGACUGGCAGUAUUGAGUGGUUAAGGUAGUGUUAAGGUAGGUGGUCAAGGCUUCUCGUUACAGUUAAUGUGAAGGGAUUUGAUUUAGAAUGUAGUGGAGUUUCAUUUAUCUCCUCCUUACUCACAGGUGGCUAACAGAGAAGACUUAGUAUUAGUAUUUCUUCAGCCUGAUCUCGAUUUCUAGAUACUUUAAAUAAAACAGUCAAGGAGCAGGACUCCUAUUACACCUAUUUACGUCUGUAGUUUGUAAAUCUCCUGAUGUAGCUGUUGGAUUUGAGUCAGUGAACAUGAACACUUUCAGGUAAUGUGAGACAGAACUACAGUUUCCAGGAUGAUGAUGAUGCCUUCCUUUGGUGACUUGGCUGGCCAAGUUUCAGGUGCAUACACACACAGCUUAUUGCAGUUCAUUUAUCUGUGAAUUAGUCCAACACAUAAAAAUAGUUUGUGUGUGUGGGAGCUUCGUGAAUCUGUUAUUUUUUUUAUCAGGCCUCUUUACUACUCUUGAUUAUCUUCAUGUUUAUGAUAUUACUAGUCAGCAGGACUGGACUAAAAUGACACUAUACCUAGAUUUAAGGUACGCUGCAUUGGCUUUUAAACUGUUCGUUUUCUCUUUUCCCUAAUUAAUAGAAAUAACAGUGUAUAGAGAAGCAUUAGUUUUAGUUGUUAUUAGCACAUAUGUGUUUAUGCUGGUUAUAGCAAUGCAAAAAGCUACUGUUUUCUUAGAUGAACCGAAGCAUUUAGUUCAUUAUUGGCUACUAACGUUUUAAGUAUUUAAUUUUUUCUGUUCUAUGUUUUUUCUUGUUUGCUUUUCUUAAUAAAAGUACCAGUUUUAGAUUGAA